AUGGACGAGCCAACACUAGUGAUUCCUAUCUGCCACUACGCGCCCAAGGCAUUUGUUAUCACAGGUGACAUCGCCCAGAAGCCUCCUCACCUGACCAUGGAGCAUGAUCUCGGCCCUGGAAAGAUUUCAACCAAUCCGUUUGUACUUCACCUUUUUCGAUUUGAUGCCGAGCCCACCUUACUGGCGACCAGAUCAUUUCUACAACGCAAUGAUUCGGAGAAUUCAUACCACGAAGUCUCCAAGUUCAACGCUUCUCUGUCGGAUGGGUGUCUGAUGGGAUUCGCAUGUCGGCAUCUGAUCUCUAUUGGCUUUGAGAAAAUCGGAAACCAGAUAUCCCUUGCCAAGCACGUCCAUAACUAUUUGGAUAGAGCAUUAUGGGCAUUCAAGCCUUACUAUUACGAAAACGGCGAGAUAUGGAACUAUGUGAUAUUCUACUGGUUCCCGGAUAUAUUCAGCCAGAACCAGGCAAAGAAGGUGAGAAUCUGA